ACAAAUCUAGAAUGAGAAUUCAAAAUUGCGCCUUCCCAGUACGGAAAGUAAACAUAGUAGCGGCUUUAGGAAGGCGUCAACUUCUGUAUUCCCACAUCGUGGCAAUAAAUAAUGUGCGAGUAGAAUGUAAUUAUCUUUAACGCCCCCAUUAAAACCCAUUUCGUGAGCCCAUUAUUUUCUACUUGAAUGCUAUUAAUAAAUAGUUGUUCUUCAUUAAAUGAUAAAAGCAUAUUCCCCACGGCGAAAUGGCAGCACAUUUGACAGCAAUUUUCAAUAUUUUUUUAACGUUCAUAAUUUUUGUAUAAAAGUAUAAGCUAAUUGUCUAAUAAAAACCAUGUAUCCAAAUUUUAUUUAAACUUUACAAACUUUUCAUCACAAUUCUACGGCUUUUAAUUAGAAUUUCUCGAAAAAUGUGCAUAGUACAUAGUUAAAGGAAAAAAAAAAAAAAAUCAGGAAAAAUCACAAGGAGCUUUCAUCAAAGUUAAAAACACUCAAAAUAUCUACUACCUCUUCAUGGAUCUGACGAACUUCAGUGACGAGUGCAGCAGUUGUUGUUAGUGCGGCAUUCGAUGCAUUCCCUCACCUUUACUACCAACUGAAAUACGUUCAUACAUACUUACGUACAUAUAUCAUAUAAUUUGUAGUUGCCAUCAAAGUUUAAAUCACUGCAUCAGCAGCGUAGGAUUCGCUUUUCAUUUACGGCCUAAAAAGUUCAACUAAUAAAAAUUUCAACCAAAUGUCCUUAUUUCGACAAUUUUUUGGUUCAACCUCAAACUCAUGGAUACGCGCCCUCAUUAUCUUCGUACUCACCUGGGCGCUGCUCGUUUACGUCUUUGUCAAUAAGCUGAGUACGCAAUCGAAUACGGAUUUGGAUACGAUUACAGCGAAACGCAUCAAUCAGGCGCUACAGCUGCUCGAAUACUCAAAGCAACGGAAUGAGGAAUUGCGGCAGAUGAUCGAGAAGUUAUCGAGCGACCAAAUCGACAAACAAUCAGCACAGCGUCUUAUUGAAAAGUUGGAAUUCAAUUUGCAAAAUUCCAUAAAUAUACAAAAUCAAGAUGCAGCUUUGGCCGAUUUUAUGGGCGCCGGCGAUGGUGAUGCCAGAGAUCCUUUCGGCGGUAUGCAGGCUUCAAAUGCGGGCGCUUACCGAGCUGCUGGCAGCGCACAUGAGCCCAGCCUGGAGUAUGAGCUGUUGCGCCGUCGCAUACAGUCGAAUAUCGGUGAGAUUUGGAACUACUUUAGCAGCGAGUUAGGCAAGCUGCGAAAGCGCGCUACGCCAACGCAGGCCGAAUUGGCGCAAGACAUCAUUCAGGUGUUGCAGAUGGGUGCCGAACACAAGCGCUCGCUUUUGAGCGACAUGGAACGUCUGCGGCAGGUGGAUGGCUAUGAAGUGUGGCGCCAGCAGGAGGCGAGCGAUUUGAGUGAUUUGAUGCAGCGUCGGCUGCACUACUUGCAGAAUCCCAAGGAUUGUGCAAAUGCGCGCAAGCUGGUGUGUAAACUGAAUAAGGGCUGUGGUUACGGUUGUCAGCUGCACCAUGUGGUCUAUUGCUUCAUUGUAGCCUAUGCAACGGAGCGCACCAUGAUAUUGAAGUCACGUGGCUGGCGCUACCACAAAGGCGGUUGGGAGGAGGUUUUCCUACCUGUAUCGGAGACCUGCCUAGAGGCGGAUGCAGCGCACGCGAGCAACUGGCCAGGGCGGCAUGAUAUGCCGGUAUUGGUGCUGCCCAUAAUUGAUUCGCUGAUGCCGCGUCCUCCAUUCUUGCCGCUCGCCAUACCUGAGGACUUGGCACAGCGGCUUAAGCGGUUGCACGGCGAUCCGAUUGUCUGGUGGAUCGGACAAUUUCUGAAAUACUUGCUGCGCCCGCAAAAAGGCACGCUGGAGUUCCUGGAUUCGGGGCGUGGGAAAUUGGGCUGGAAGAAGCCUAUUGUGGGCGUUCAUGUGCGCCGCACCGACAAAGUCGGUACCGAGGCUGCAUUCCAUCGCAUUGAGGAGUACAUGACGCACGUUGAAGACUACUUCCUCACAUUGGAGAUUAAUGGCACUGUGGUACCACGCCGCAUCUUCCUCGCUUCCGACGAUGCGCGGGUCAUCGAGGAGGCACGCAAUAAAUACCCCGAUUAUGAGAUCAUCGGCGAUCCGGAGGUGGCGCGCAUGGCCGCCGUCUCGACGCGCUACACCGACACUGCGCUCAACGGUAUUAUUCUCGACAUACACCUGCUGUCACUGUCCGACUAUCUGGUGUGCACAUUUAGUUCGCAGGUCUGCCGCAUGGCUUACGAAAUAAUGCAAACUCUAUAUCCGGAUGCGGCGCAUCGCUUUAAAUCGCUGGACGAUAUCUACUACUAUGGUGGCCAGAACUCGCACAAUCGACAAGUCGUGAUCGGCCACUCGGCGCGCAAUCACGAUGAAAUCCACAUGAGACCGGGCGAUUUGGUAGGCGUGGCUGGCAAUCAUUGGGACGGCUACUCGAAAGGCAAGAAUACGCGCACAAAUCAAGUGGGACUCUUCCCCUCGUUCAAGGUGAUCGACAAGGUGGAGACCAUUAAGCUGCCACUCUACGAGCAGGUGCAGCAAGGUCGGGUGUGAAUGUGGACGGAGCGCGUUGCGCACACAAUGCUGUGAGCGUUGCGUUGCUGCCAUCAAAUGCGUAUAAAUAUAUAUUUUUUAUGCAAAUAGGGGUUUGUAUGUAUGUAUGUAUGUAUUUUUAGUUUAAUUUGGUAAACAUAAGUUUUUAGUGCUGUGCAAUAAUAUUCUGCUAGAUGCUAGAUUUCAGUCAAUAACUAUAAGCACAACAUGAAAUUUCAUGUAAAGUAAUACGUAUGUGAAUAUAUAUUUUUAUAUGAUAUUUGGUAGCGUAGCCAAGUGUAGGCAAACGCUGACUUUUGAGUUUUUUGUUUUGUAUAUUUUUUUAAUUUAUGUUUUGACCGAUAGAAAGCUGCACAAAUCUUUGGAUUACAUUUUUGUACCGCAUUUUUAUUGCAGAUCAUUUUCUCUUUAUUUUUGAUGUCGUUUAAAAUCGAAUAAAUUAAUUAUUAGGUAGUUAUAAGCACCUACGAGUAAAUAACACCAAAUUGAUUACACUUUUGUAAAAAAAAUGUUUACUUGAGCUAAACAACUGAUAUUAAAUGUAACAACAGGAAAUAGUAAGAAGGAGAUGCUUCUAAGGAACUCAAUCAGCUGAAGGAUGUCCAAAAUUAUUUGACAUAACUAAUUAUUUAUUGGUCAAAUAAUAAACGGCUGAGUGAAGAGCGUGCUACAGCUUGGUGAAUCCGAAAUUAAACACAAAACUAAAUAUAGCCAUUCAAACCAGCUGGGUUUAUGGAGCGAGAACUUCAGCAGCAUUCCAACAGCCACUUAAUUUUGUGGAAAAAUAUUUUAUUUUAUGCCGUUCCAACGAAAACCACAGUACCAAUUCAGUUGUACAAAUAAUAAACAAUAAAAAUCUAUUAAAUACAUUUCGUUACACUCUUAGCCUACGAUUUGUAUGGCAAGCAAGCGAUGUUUUGGUUAAGAAUAGAAUAUGAAUUCAGGUUGACAUUAAAAAUAUAAUUUUUUGACAUUUUUCCACGCUGUAAGCUGCCCAAGUGUUUACACUAUCGUAGCAAUAUUUCAUUUUCUUUACUUGUAAUGCACAGUGCGCUGGACGGCGAACAAAGUAGCUUAAAAAUGUACUCUUGUUGCUAAGACCAGAUAAUAAAUAAGAACUAUUAUAAAGUAAUGGAAAAA